AUUUACCAUAUUUUGUUCAUGUUAGUUUGUGAGUACUAUUACCAUUUCUUUUUGUGGAUAUACGGAAAGAGGUUACGCACGACGCGGUUCAAAUCCUUCGCCACAAAGGGAACAAUAUCCAUAAUCGCAAUCGGAAAGGGGUAUUCUUCCGAAACCACUGGCGCUUGUUGUCCAAAUCCUGACACUAUUCACAUUGGCUUAUCAAGCGUGCACUAACCGUAUUUAGGUAAAUCCAUAUUAUAAAUAGCUGUAUGACAGACAGAAUUAUUAUGGAACCAACUCGUCGCGUCAAAAUUAUCGGACAAACAGCAAAGAUCAAAAGCGACGAUAUUUAUCUCGGUGCAACACAAAUCGACUUGAAAGUUCAAGUACUCUUCCAUCUUUGAAUAUAAUAAUUUGAUAAAUCAACACUCUCAGUGGACGCCGACGACCGAUAGUCUGGAGAAAAGAGAUAAAUAACCAUUAUUCACGAGACGUAAUAAGCGAAGGAUAUUAUGUCACUUGGUUGUGUAAUCGGAACGUUUGCUGGCCUUGGGUUGCAGUCGAUAUUAGUUGGGUUGUUUGGCGCCCUUUUGGUUAUCUGGUGUUUUGGAUCGCGAAAACAGACGACAUCCAACCUUCCACCGGGACCCACGGGAUUACCGCUGUUAGGAUACCUGCCUUUUCUCAAACUGCCGCCGUUCAAAGGUUUCACACAUUUGACAAAGCAAUAUGGCGGACUGAUCAGCCUCCGACUCGGCACCAAACUCUGCGUGGUCCUCAACGAUGUCGACUCUGUCAGGCAAUCCCUGAUCAAGGAAGCCGAUGUCUUCACCGACCGCAACGUUCCCAUCGAAUACUCGCUUGCUCUUCCAUUAGAAGGAAGUCUCGCGUUUGCCAGUGGAGACAAAUGGAGAGAACUUCGGACGUUCGUCGCCAAGUCGUUCAGAUUGUUUGAAGUUGAAAAGGAGAAGUUGGAGUCUGUGAUCGUGAGAGAGUCGGAGCGACUUUGCAAGGCUUUUCAUGAUGAAGCAAUUGAAAGCUCCUCAGGUGGGGAUGCCUUUGACCCACAUCACAUCAUCAAGAACGCUGUCUCCAACAUCAUCUGCAGUCUCUGUUUUGGUCAAACUUACGAGUACUCGGAUCCAGAGUUCAAGCAUAUCCUCACUGUUGUAGGAAAUUCUUUCCGGAGCUUAUCACCGUCUGGGCUCCUCUUGGUCAGUAGAUAUUUCUACUAUACCCCGCUCUACCGCGAAGUCCGCCACGACCUCGCGGUCCUCCAGGACUUCAUCCGUGGGAUCGUCCAGCGCCACCAGGAAACCUUUGACCCGGACAACACCCGUGAUAUCAUCGAUAUGUACCUGGCAGAGGUCAGACAGCUGAAGGAGGAUGGAAAGGAAACAUAUCUUAAGGAAGAAAAUAUCUGGAGGGGUGUGUUCGAUAUCUUCCUCGCUGCUUCUGAAUCGAUGACGUCAGCAUUGCGUUGGAUCUUACUCUACCUUAUUGCAUACCCGGAGCUACAGAGAAAGAUACGAGCUGACAUUUUGCGAGUCAUCGGGCCGUCUCGUAACCCAACCAUCAAAGACCGCGACGAACUCCCGCUCGUCGAAGCUACGUGCAUGGAAGUCCUUCGACUUCGACCACCGGCUCCUAUGGGCGGUCCUCGACAGGUCAAGAGGGAUGUUAAGGUCAAAGGUUAUGUCAUCCCGGAAGGGACGCUGGUCCUGACUAACCUCUGGCACAUUCAUCAGAACGCUGAAAAUUGGCAGGAUCCUGAGCGGUUUAACCCGAGUCGUUUUUUGAAUGAAGAUGGAAAGGAGUUGGUGAAGAAUCCGGCUUUCUUGCCAUACGGAGCAGGUAGGCGUCUAUGCAUUGGAGACCGAAUCGCUAGGAUGCAGAUGUUUUUAUUCCUAACCACCUUAAUCCGAAGGUUCGAAUUUUCCUUGCCGGAUGGCGAUGUUCCCGAUUUCAACGUCGAUGGUGGCAACUUCACUCUUUCCGCAGUGCCCUUCAAAAUCAUUGCCAGAGAAGUGGAGAGCAAUAUGGCCCCUACCGCCGUGCACACACAAAUAGAAGAUUGACCUCUUUUCCUUUUUAUUUUUUUUUUCGUUACAAAAAAUUAAGAAAAAGGGAGAUGUUAAUAUAAAACCAUUCUUCCUUUCUCGUAUUGUGUUUAUGUACUUGUGUUACAUGUGUAUCCCACCAACAAGAUUUUACCUUUAGGGAAUUACGUCUUCUUUCAACAAAUCUGUUCUAUAUUAUACUAUAUUAUGACAAAUUAUUUUGUAUAAUUCAUGCUGAAAAUUAUUUUUUUUUUAAAAUUAGAAAAAAAUAAAUGAUUUAUUUUAAUGAAUUAAUUUAGUGUCGCAAAUAUAUCUUAGUUCUGUAACCAAGAGCUAUUCUUGAUCAAAUUUUAUUGUGAAAAGUAUGCCUUAUUAUGUUAUGAUUAUUUUGAUGAUGAAUUUAGACAUCAUGUAAGGGGCACUAGGUCACUCCCCUGCAUCCCCCCCAUCCUUCUACCGAAAGUUGUACUAGUUAUUAGUUAUCCUGUGGUGACAAGUGCUCCCUCCCCUUUGAACUUCAGGUGAAGUGUAAUAAUUCAGGUGGAUCAAUGAUCAAUGAUUUUUUGACAAUAAAUUGUUGUUUUUUCCGAUGAAGAAGCCCCUUUCUCACGAAACUAAAUAUGUUCCCUAUUUUCUGUGCCCCCUCCCCCCAUGCCCCGUUAUGAAAUGAUACGAAGCUGCAAAACGGAUUUAGCUGCAGACGCCUCACUGAUCACAAUUCUAAUACUUCGUACUUUUCAUGUUUUUAGAAUGAUAAAGUGGUGUAAUGAUGGCAAUUAAAAAUACUUGUAGUGAAUAGGUGUUUG